AUGAAAGAUGAAAAGGUACAGGAUCUUAUAGAAGAAGUGAAGAAACUGACGAAUGAGUCACAAGAGAAAGACAUUUUCAUUAAUAGACUCAGAAGAAGAACAAAGGACUUUGAGGCCGAGGUUGUUGAGGCUGAAGAACAAUAUGAAAGAAAGCAAAAAAUACAGAAUGAUUUGGUUGAGACUCUCAAUAAAAAGGUAGUUGAAAUAAGUUCCCAAAAAGACAUACUGGAAAGAAAUCUGGAGAGUAGAAACAGUGAUUUGAAAAAGUUCGAGCAAGACUUGAUGGAAUUGAAUGAGAUAAAUAGAAGUAUGCUAACCUCCAUUGCUGUACUGGAAAAGGAAAAUCAGUUCUUCAAAAAUAAACUUAUAGAAUAUCAAACUGAUCAUCAAGUGGAAAAGAAAUAUAACAAAGAAGCCUCAUCUGAAAAUAUAGAAGGCAAGUCAACGAACCUACCAAAGGAAUUGAAUGAAAAGAAGAAGAGGUCGAAAUGCACUAUGCAUCAAGGAACCAGGACACAACAAAUUAGCCAGAUAGAUCACUCUAAAAACCUUAAAGACAAGAAAUCCAAAUCAACAGAGAUUAAUGGUUUCGAAGUGCAUAUUGUGGAAAGUGAUUCAAUCAAUAGCAGCGAUUCGGAAACCUCCUGCGAAAAAAAAGUCAACCAAAAUCGCUGUCAACUGCCUGAAGAACCGGAAGAAGAACAUACCAGUAACGUAUAUUCUGAAGGAAAUGAAUUACGAGUAGAACACAAUUAUGACAAAAUUCAGGACAGCCUCCUCAUAGAAUCUCCUAUAGUAAUGUCUAGGAUUCUUAUUCUUGGCGAUGAAUAUGCGGAAGGCUUUUCAAAUGUGAUGACACGAUUCAUUGUAUUGAACAAACUAAAAAUGCUCGCAAAGAUGCUAAGCGAUAUUGAAUGA